CGAUCCUGUGAAUCUACCUGACACAGACGAGGAGCUGAGCUUGAGGAUCAAACUGAUCUGGAUCUGUGGAUUUAAGGUUUCAAGACCUUCAUCAGUAUGACAGGUCCAGGGCAGGACACCCACAGGCUGUCUGUGAAGACGUGGGCGGAGGACGAGAGCGACCGAGCUGACAGCACACCGAGCAGAGCACAGUCUGUGUGUGAUGACACUUCAUCAGAGCUGCAGAGAAUGGCGGCCAUCGACAGAAGAGAUGUUAACUCCCAGAAUUCUCUUCGAGGGCGCGGCGCUCUGUCCAGGAUAGUCAACAUGGUGAUGACUCUCAGAGAGUGGGCACAAAAGAGUUUGACCGAGGAGACGGAGCGGCCCGAUUCCUUCCUGGAGCGUUUCAGAGGCCCGCCUGACCAACAGGCCCCGCCCAGCAGGUUCAGCCACACCGGCUCUGAUGCAGAGAACGAAAUCAGGCGCUCCAGACACAAGAAGAAGAAGUUCAGUGUUGUGGUCUUGUCCCCGUCUGAUGAUGCAUACUACCACUGGCUGCUGGUGAUUGGAGCUGCUGCGUUUUAUAACUGGACCCUUCUGGUGGUCAGGGCCUGUUUCGAUGAGCUCCAGAUGGUAAAUGUGCUGGUGUGGAUGGUCCUGGACUACCUCUGUGAUGGAGUCUACAUUCUGGAUAUAGCCGUUCGUCUCCACACAGGUUUCUUGGACCAAGGCUUGAUGGUGAAAGAUGUGCGACGCCUCCGAGAAACCUACAUCCGAACCUUACGGUGUAAACUCGACAUCUGCUCCAUCCUUCCCACGGACCUCCUGUACCUGAGCGUGGGAAUCAGCUACACCCCUCUCCUUCGAUUCAACAGGCUGCUGCGCCUGCCCCGCCUGUUUGAGCUGUUUGAACGCACCGAGACACGAACCGGCUACCCCAAUGCUUUCCGGAUCUGUAAACUGGUUCUGUACAUCCUGGUGAUCAUCCACUGGAACGCCUGUGUGUACUACAGCUUUUCCAAGGCCCUCGGACUGGGGUCAGACUCCUGGGUGUACCCCAAUGCAUCAGAUCCUGAGUUUGGCUCCCUGUCGAGAAGUUACAUCUACUGUCUGUACUGGUCCACCCUCACACUGACCACGAUCGGAGAGACGCCUCCUCCUGUGAGAGAUGAGGAGUACUUGUUCCUGAUUUUUGACUUUCUGGUUGGUGUUCUGAUUUUCGCCUCCAUCGUGGGAAACGUCGGGUCUAUGAUCUCCAAUAUGAACGCCACCAGAGCCGCCUUUCAAAGCCGUGUCGAUACGCUGAAACACUACAUGCACUUCAGACACGUGAGCAAGGGGCUGGAGCAGCGCGUCAUCCGCUGGUUUGACUACCUCUGGACCAAUCAGAAGACGAUCGAUGAGCAGGAAGUGCUGAGGAGUCUGCCAAACAAACUGAGAGCAGAGAUCGCGAUAAAUGUUCACCUGGAUACUCUGAAGAAGGUGCGUAUCUUUCAAGACUGUGAGUCCGGCCUUCUUGUUGAGCUGGUAUUGAAACUCCGACCUCAGGUCUUCAGUCCUGGAGAUUACAUCUGUAGAAAGGGGGACGUGGGUAAGGAGAUGUACAUAAUCAAAGAUGGCCAGCUGGCAGUAGUGGGGGAGGACGGAGUCACCCAGUUCGCUGUUCUCACCUCCGGAAGCUGCUUCGGAGAAAUCAGCAUCCUGAACAUCAGUGGCAGCAAGAUGGGGAACAGACGCACGGCAAACAUCCGCAGCCUGGGAUACUCAGACCUGUUCUGCCUUUCCAAACAAGACCUGAUGGACGCGCUGCAGGAGUACCCUCACGCCAGGGCCCAGCUGGAACAGAGGGGGCGGGACAUCCUGCAGAAGGAGGGGCUUCUGGAGGAGAUAAACGUGUCUGCAGGGGAGGAGGUGGAGGAGAAGGUGGAGAGGCUGGAGACCAGUCUGGACCGGCUGCAGACGUGUCUGGCCCGUCUGCAGAGCGAGUUUAACUCCUCACAGCUCCGUCUGAAGCGGCGACUCACAACUCUGGAACAAAACACCACGACUGUGGUGACGGGCAGUGGCUUCCUGUCUGAUGCUGACGGCAACGACAGUGUUUGUGGGGGUGAUGGUGCUCGCAGUGAAAUCAACAUCCGGCUCUGAGUAACAGACUCUAAUUCUGAAGCACAGGAUGGAGACACAAACAGUCACCAUGUUUCUUUAGCUCUUCAUGAAAUCACAUAUAAGAAGUGUAAAUCAAAGUUUCUUCAUGUUAUUGGAACUGUUUGCUUCUAACAGAAAAACAGACUUGGUUCUUUGUUUUAUGAUUCUGGUUUUGGGCCACAAAAACUUUUUUAAAUGCUGGUGAUUUUGGUUCAUUAAAAUAUUUGUACCUUCACUUUAAAGGUCUAAAUUUUCUACAGCAAAGUCUCCCCAGAUGUAUUUUUCUCAUCACAUAGUACAUUUUGUGUUUAGAGGAACAGAUCAUUAUUGGAAAGACACCAGCUCUCAGUCUGAAUGAUUCAUUCAUCUUUACUCUGGCUCGCUGUAUGUUUUAGGAUUGAUAAUAAGAUUGUACUUAUUACUUUUAAAGCUCUUGUUGGACUUUCUCAAAGCUGCACAUCAGACAUUUUAAUACCGUACGAGCCGAAGCUUACAUUAAGAUCCUCGGGAAGGCGUUUACUGUGUGUUCAAAUGCCAAAAUGAAAACAAAAGGGGACAGGGGCGUUUGCAGUGAGGGGUCUCGGGAAUGAUCUGCCCGAGGAGAUCAGGUCUUCUGAGUCAGGGAUGUCUUUGAAAUCCUUUCUUAAAACAUACUUUUAUCACACAGCCUUUCAUGA